GCAGUCCACAGAAGCGAUUCCGGGUCAGCUUACCUCAGUGCCCCAAGCCCGGGCAGCUAUCAAGCAGCACCUAUAAGGCACUACUAUUACUCCCAUUUCACAGAGAACGUGUGUCUGUCCGGGCGUCACCUCGGGAGUGUGGCCAUGGCGCUCUGGAGUCUGGCGCUGGGAGCUCUGCUGCUGGUCAUGGUGCUGUACCUGUGCCUGCCAGGGCUUCUCCGACAACGCGGGCCCCAGGAGCCCCCUCUGGACAAGGGCACAGUGCCCUGGCUGGGCCAUGCCAUGGCUUUCCAGAAGAAUAUGUUUGGAUUCCUGAAGCGCAUGUGGACCAAGCACGGGGAUGUGUUCACAGUGCAGCUGGCAGGCCAGUACUUUACCUUCGUCAUGGACCCCCUCUCCUUCGGUCCCAUCCUCAAGGAAACACAGAAGAAACUAGACUUUUCAAAAUUUGCAAAAAGACUUGUACGAAAGAUGUUUGGAUACUACACCAAGGGAGAGAACAAACCGAAGAUGCUCUUGGCCAGCAGCAAGUACCUGAUGGGGCAUGAAUUGGAGGAUCUCAAUGAGGUCCUGGUGGACACCCUGUCCCUGAUAAUGCUGGGGCCCAGAGGCCGAAGUCUGGAUGCCAGUGGCUGGCGUGAGGAUGGCCUCUUUCACUUCUGCUAUAACACCAUGUUCAAGGCUGGCUACUUGAGCUUGUUUGGCCACACGAAGGACAAGGAGCAGGAUCUGACACAGGCAGAGCAAUUAUUCACCCACUUCCUCAGGUAUGACCACCUUUUCCCGAGGUGUGUCUAUUCCCUGCUGGGGCCCCAAGAGUGGCUAGAAAUGGGCCGGCUACAGCGUUUCUUUCCCAAGAUGCUCUCUGCUAAACACAACCAGGAGAAGGGAGGCAUAAGCAACUGGAUAUGCCACAUGCAUCAGUUUCUGAGGGAGCAGGGAACAGCCCCAUAUAUGCAGGACAGGUUCAGCUUCAUGACGCUCUGGGCCUCCCAGGGGAACACAGGGCCUGCGGCUUUCUGGGCCCUCCUGUUCCUCCUGAAGCACCCAGAAGCCAUGCAGGCUGUGAAGGAGGAGGCCUCCCAGGUCCUGGGUGGGGCGAGGCUGGCGGCUGGACAGUCCUUCCCCUUCCAGCGGGGUGCCCUGCGCUGCACCCCGGUGCUGGACAGUGUGAUGGAGGAGACGCUGCGGCUGCGGGCUGCGCCCACGCUCUGCAGGGCUGUGAGCGAGGACUGCAUGCUGAAGACGGCCAGUGGGAAGGAGUACCUGUGCCGCCGCGGGGACAUCGUGGCCCUCUUUCCCUACCUGUCAGUGCACAUGGACCCUGACAUCCACCCUGAGCCCACGGCCUUCAAGUACGAUCGCUUCCUCAACCCUGAUGGCAGCCGAAAGGUAGACUUCUACAAGGCGGGCAAGAAGAUCCCCCACUACACCAUGCCCUGGGGCUCGGGCGUCUCCAUGUGCCCUGGGAGGUUCUUCGCCCUCAGCGAGAUGAAGCUCUUUGUCCUGCUCAUGGUCACACACUUUGACCUAGAGCUGGUGGACCCUGUCACACCUGUGCCCGAAGUUGACCCCACGCGCUGGGGCUUUGGUGUCUCGCACCCCAUCCAGGACCUGCGCUUCCGCUACCGCCUGCAGCCUGCAGAGUGAGCUCCACAAGCCCGGGCUAGCCGGACAGAGGCUCCUGCCUCGGCUCCCCCUCCUCUCUCUUCUGGGCCCCAGACUCCCACCCCCACCGCUCUGGUUCUGUGGCACUUCCUGCCUGUGUCCUGCUCACCCUCCAUCUUCACCCCCUGGUCUGGUCAUCUCACACGCUUGCCAUUCUCUCCUUAAAACACCAUUUCUCACGGUGCGUCCUGCAUGGCCCUCCUCUCGCAGGAAGUGCAGUGCACGGGGAAGUGUCUGCGGGCCACCCCACUGGAGACGGCGCCUGCCCUGAGAAGUCCUGCAGUGCAGAACUGGUGCCCACCAGGAACGCGCCAUCUGGCAAAUCCUACCCACUACCCUCCGCCUUGCUUUCCUUCUGUUCCCCAACAUUUAUUCCACAUCCGGUAAAAUUCAGGUUCUAGAACAGUGUCUUCCAAUAGAAAUAUAAGGUAAUAUAAUGGGGAAGCUACAUGUGUAAUUUUUAGUUUCGUAGUAGAUACAUGUUUAAAAAGUAAGGAGAGAGAUAAGUCAUUUUAUAUUGAAUAUAUUUUACUUAGCUGAGUAGAUCCCAAAUAUAACAAGUGAUCAAUAUCAAAAGUAUUAGUGACAUAUUUUUACAUUCCUUUUUUCAUCCUGUCUUCAAUAUCUGGUGUCUGCGGUCCCCUCGGCACUUCCCAAGCCAACUGGCCACAGGCCUGGUGCCCAGUAGCCCCUGGGGGAGCAGCUGUGUGGGGAGCGCGGGCGGAGAAGCUCUGCCUUCACGGUAGUGGCUCUGCAAGGUCCCCCUCAGUGCCCUUGUCUCCCCCGUGCACCCCCUCCUCAGGGUGGUCUCUACCCCCUUGGUUGCCAAGAUCACUGCUGAGCUCAGAGCUUUCUCCUACCCCCAGACCCCCGGGAGGCCCUCAGCUCCUGUGACUCCGCUUGGCCCACGCAGAACUCAGCCUGUGUGCCCUGCCUCUUCCCUGAACCUUCUUUUCCCCUGACUUCCCUGUCUCUCUGCUCAGGACACUGCCAUCCAAUCAGGCCCCAGUCCUGUGACCCUGAUCCCUUGUGAUGCCUCUGAAAUGUGUCCCCUCCUCCCCACCCUGCUGCCAUCCCUAUACCUGUCCCCUCUGCAUGUCUCUGCACACCAGGCCUGCCUGGCCCUCUGUCCACCUGCUGCCAGAGGCCUCUUUCCACAGGCGUCUCUGAUUGUCACUGUUUUGCUUUCCCUGUUCCCCCUUGCCCUCACACACUUGACAUUUAAGUUUUGUCACAAUUGGUCUCUAAAUUUCUUAAUCCAGUGCAUUGUGACUUUGCCAGCUUUCAUGUCUUUUCCUCCAGUGGCAGCAGCUCCUAGCAGCCAUCUUAUAUGUCACCCCUGACACAUUCUGGCCUGAGUGGCCCCUUCCCCCUGGGCUCCCCCUGCACCAUUUGGAUCACUGGGCCUCCAUUAUGUGUCAUUGUUUCCUUUGUCUUGGUUUCCUCCUCCUUCUCUCUGCCACAGCCUGCCACCAACUAAGGCCUGCUAUCUUAUUCAUUGACUUCUGACCUUCAAUUCCCUAAGUCCUGAUUAAAUUGUAGAACCCUGA